GUCAACGCGCAGGUCAUUCCCUGGUGGCGGGAGAAACAGAAAUAGGGAGGGAAAACAUCGAUAUCUUGGCAAAAUUUCCCGACUUUUACCUCCACAAUGGCGACUGAGAGUGGAGUCUGGGCCUGGGAUCACACUAAGGAAGCCUUGGCGAAGUUAGAGUGCCUUUUGAAGUGCGGAAAAUGUGGUCAUCUAUUGAAGGAGCCCUGCUCUCUCGGAAGCUGUGAGCAUCUUUUCUGCAGGUCAUGUGUGUGGCAGGACGUAGGGAACAGCUGCCCAGUGUGCGACAUGCCAGCCUGGGUCAGAGAUGUCCAGACCAACCGCCGGCUGGAGGCACUGGUCAGUCUCACCGGGCAGCUACGAGCUGUCCUGGACGGGACAACUGCAGCGGAACCCCAGGAGAAUGAUAUGGAAAAGACUGACCAGAAGCAGACAGAAGAGAUUUCGAUGUCAAAUGCUGAGAUGGAAAUUCAGGAGCAGGAAGCUGGCACUAAAGUGGGCCACGUAGGUGUGAUGGAGGAGAUGACUGAUGACCAUCCAGUAGAGCAGGACCACAAAGGUGUGAUGGAGAACAUGCCUGAUGAUGAACCCUGUACAGACCAGCCAAAGACAGUUUUGAAGGAAACUCCUGCUCAAGGAAGCACCCAGAAAAAUCCUUCUGAAGAAAAUAAGGAAGAUGUCCCAGAGCUUCAGACACCCACCAAGGAUCAGGGUAAGAAGGCCACCAAGAAACGGGGUGGCAGUAAACAGAAGUGCCAGGUCACCUUGAGAGCAAGGACAAAGAAGAGUUACGCAGAAGACAACUACAGUUCAGAGGCAGAGAGUGAGAAAGAGUCUGCAUCUAAACCGCCUGAUCCUCUGUCAGUGUUCGACUUCCACGGGUCUCCCACUCGUGCGAAGAAGGCCUCUAAGCAGACGGGAAGAAAGCUGAAAAAUCCUGCUUCCUUCAACUUCUUCCCAGCACCUAGCCAGGUGGGUCAGAAGUCAGGUCAGGGGUCAGGUCAGGGGUCGGGUCAGGGGGCAGGUCGAAGGUUCAGACGGGUCACCAAAGAAGGACUAGCAGACAAGAACCAGCAGUGGGGGUUCUCAGAUUCUGGAAGGAAGAAGAAACAAGGGAGGAGGUCCAGUCCCUGGAAGAGCCAAUUGGAGAACUCCCUUGUCAGGAGGGUUUGCUUUGCAGUGGAAAAGGAGGAGGAGGAAAAAUGUGAAGGAACAAGAAACAAAGGAACUGAAGAAGCAGCUGAAGAGGAAGAGAUGGAACAAAUGAGGAAUGGGGGAAUGGAAGAAGCAGAGAUGGAGGUAGAAAAUUGUACAGGAGUGGGGAAUGAAGGAAUGGAAGAGGCAGUCACAGAGGAUAUGUCUGUAGAGGAUGAAGAGAGCAAAGAGCCAGCUGCAAGGGAAGUCGCACAAGGUGACAAGCCUGUAUCUGUCAAAAAUAAGAAGCUGAAAACUUCAAAGAAGACACCAGACGGACAUCUUGAGGCUGUUGCCCUUCAGGAGGAAGGAAGUAAAGAAGAAAAAGAAGAGGUUACCACUGAGGUAGAGAACUCUUCUACACCUGAAGACAUUGAGAUGCUGCAGGAGUUACACACUGGAAAACCUCAAGAGCAAGACACUGCAUCUCCAUCUGGUGAACAAACAGGUAAGAAGAGAAGGAGGAGGAGUGGAAGACUUAGUGACAGAGAUAAGAGUGUGGAGAAGGUCGGCACCUCUACAAGAGGAAAUGAGAAUUCUCCUCAGAGCUGUGACACCCCAAAGGCAGGUCUCAAGAAGAGGGGAAAAUCUCCAGUACCAAGGAAAGCACUGCUGUCUGAGCAAGAUGAAGAUAGCACACCUUUAAAGAAAGUUCACAAGAAAGUCAACAGUAGUCUAGAAGAAGACGAUGAAGAAAGUGCCGACACCUUAAGGAGAAAAGUUGAUAACCGAGACAAAACAAGAGGAAACGUUACAAAAGAUGAAGGGAGAGUUAGCCUAUCCCCUGUUACCACUCCACAAAGUAAGGCAGGGUCAAAGGGCAGGAGGUCAUCAGUCCUGACCCCCAGGGGUCACAGGUCAAGCCCACGGGGGUCACCAGGUCAUGUGAUGAAGAGGAACGUGAGAGGGGAGACACCGCUGCACCUGGCAGCCAUCAAGGGAGAUGUGGAGACAGUUUUACUUCUACUGAAAGAAGGUGCUGACCCCAAUGUCAGGGACAAUGCAGGAUGGACACCAUUGCAUGAGGCAUCAAACCACGGACACACAAGGGUGGCGGAGGUUCUACUGGAUCACGGCGCGCUGAUCAACACCACCGCAUUCGAAAACGACUCUCCCCUCCACGACGCUGUGGCCAACGGAAGGGUGGAGGUUGCUAGGUUACUGGUGUCCAGGGGAGCUUCACUAGAUGUCAGGAACAAACUUGGGUUCCUACCAGGGGACCUUGCCACUACUGAGGCCAUGAAGGAGGCCCUCAGCACCAAGCCUCUACACACACAGCCACAGGUUGUCAUGACAACAAGCAGCCAGGUCGGCCAGGUCGUUGCCUUGGCAACAGGGCUGGACAACAAACAGAGGGAAGCCCUGGAGCAAUGCAUGCUGGUCCUGGAUGGAAAAGUGGUGAAAACAUUCAGCAACCAAGUGACCCAUCUGGUAGCGGCCUGUGACGAAGCCGGGCACUGUUCUCGCACUAUGAAGUACCUCCGCGGGGUUCUCACCGGGAAGUGGAUCGUCAGUUUCAAAUGGGUGUCUGCCUGUCUGGAGCAGCAGCAGUGCGUACCUGAGGGGCCGUAUGAAGUCCUGGGCACCACGGCUAAACCUGGCAGUACAGGGGCCAGCAAGGGGUGGAUUAACAAGGAACAACAGCUGCCAGGGCUGUUCGAUGGUUGUCACUUCUUCCUGCACGGAAAGUUCCAGAGUCCGACCCCCCCCAGGAAGGAGCUGUUAGAGCUGAUCGCAGACGGGGGAGGGGGGGUGCUGACCAGGGAACCCAAACCUGACAGUGACUGCUUACAGGCCUCGACUACAGUUGCCUACCACGCCCGUAAGGACUCAGACCUGGCCCACUGUUCACACUUCAUCCUGUACGACCAGAAAUCUGCCAAGACUCCGCCCAGGGUCCGCACGGCCAAACUGUGCACGGUUCCUGUCAGCUGGCUCAUGGACUGUGUGACGGUCUUCAGCCUGAUGGAACUACCCGACUGAUGCUGUUGUUUUAAAGUAAUCUUUAUUGCAACGUACAUACAAGAUGAAAGGUCGAUGCAGCUUGGGUAAAGCCUAGGACAGCCCUUUAUCUCUUGGCUUAGUUUGCCUCUUAUACUAAGAGGAGGGCACAGGGCAAACUACUAACUUGAUUAUGCCAUGUCACUUUUUUUUUUAAAGAUUCAAGAUAUAUUUAUUGAUCAAACAUUGCAGUUGGGAUGCCACUGAAUUGCAUUCAAAUGUUAUGACAACAUACGAUAUUGCACAUAUAACUAGCAUUCAUACAGUAUUGCACUUCAUAUUAAUGGUUUACAGUCACUAAAACAAGUAUAACAUUUCGUAAGUGUAUACAAUGUAGCAAAAUAGUCAAGGAAGUUGGUUGCUCCAAAUAGUUUUAAUAAAAAAAUGUACACGUUACAAUUUGUGUUUUUGUGUUUCUCCUGAUUGUCUACGGGUCAGGGACUCAAUAUAUGGCUAUGUUGAUUUGA